GUAUCGUGGUAGGGGAAAAUAUUAGCAUCCUUGGCGACAAUCAAUAUUGCAUUAUACUUAAUACAAAAUGGGUUAUCACAUUUUAAAAAUUUAAACAAUCUAAAGCUGAUCAAAACAAGUUUGUUAAAAUGGGUUCACUCCAAUCUCGUAUUUUUCAUCCAAACUCGACCUUUUCUUACACGACAGGUUUUGUGUGCAGCAAUAUCGGAUCCAAAUUUAAACCAUCGAACAGAUUAGAUAGCUCAUACACAAUGAGCUCGACCAGCUCUCACUACUGUUUGAAGCCAAUCCCAAAUGGAAAAGCACCGACAUCAGUCAAAAAGAACGAAAAUUCUUCAUCUAGUUGCGCGAAAGGAAGCAGUUCUUUGCCAGACACUCAAGCAAAGCCUAGCACCGCUGAACAGAAUAAGCAAAAUAAAAAUAACCCAGCUUCAAAAACAGGCGAGGAUCCUGAUAAGAACGAUUCACGCAGUGAUUCGGAACAGGAAGACAGUGCAAUUGAUGAUCGAGAUGAUUCCGCGCCAGUUGAACUAAAAGCAGAAUUCGUGGAGUGCUUGCACUCUAAAGACUGGGUCAACGCCUUAAAAUUGUGCAAAAUGAUAUUAAUGUACGAGCCAAACAAUCCCACUGCCAAAGAAUAUAUUACUGUCCUCCAGGAAAGAUUAUUAUUGGACGAUGAAGUUUCCAGCGAUUCGUCUGACGACGAAACAAGUAGUGGCGAUGAAUCAGAUGAAAACGAUGUUUCCUCAAAUGGAGACGGCGAGUCAGCGUCAGCCUCCGACAGUGACAACGUUGAAACUGAUGUGGUGAUAUCCAUCAAGAAGUGAAAACUAGAGUUUUUAAUAUUAGAAUAAUCCAUCUUCUGUUCGUCUAAAUGUUAGGUUAUUUGAUUUUUAAAAUGUAGAUAUGAGGAAAAAUUUCAAAAAGUUUUUAGAGAGGAAGCCCCUUUUUAGAGA